AUGGAGUGGAAAUUAGAAAGAUCUGCUUCUAGGAAGGUCAAGACAGAUGAAGACAUGUUGUGGGAGAAAAUAAUGAAAACACUUGGGAAAGACCUUAAGCAGAUGAGAAAACAAAGUUUACAGAAGUUCACUAAGAUGCCCGAUUCAGGAAAGCCCACCUAUUCAAGAUUUAAAAGUUGCAUUGUGAAGAAACUGACGUGCAGUGUCCCUGUUGCUAGUAGCCCUAUCGUCACAAGAUGGCAGCAGACACACGCAAGAAAUCGUGCCGAGCAAACUUUCACAGAGUGUCAGCCUAUUAAUCUCUUUCCAGCUGAUGGAUCUGAGCUAGUAAGGACUCCUGAGAAGAUCUCAACAAUCCCAGUAUCCUUUCAGGUGCCUAUCAAAAAUUCUACCAACGAACCUUAUAUCAUUACUAAUGCCACAGCGAGGUGUCAUGAGACAACUUACUUACAAGGAAGAAAUAAAAGGAGAGCUGAAAUUGCAAAGAAGAGGAAAUGUCUUACUCAGCGGUUAAUGUUCCAAGAGGGUGGAUUCGACAUCCCAGAAAAUGACAGUAUAAAGAUCUGUGGAAACACUGAGUGUAUUUGGAAAGGUAUGAUACUGGGACAACAUGGCUGCCAGAAUGGAAUGCAUAAUGAAUUUACUGCUCACAGAGUUUCCACUAAUACCGAAUCUUUCAUACCAUUGGAGCCAGAGGUCAGGCUUCAUAUUAGUGGCUUACGCAAUGAUUACUAUCUAAACAUACUGGACUGGAACCAGGAAAAUCUCAUUGCCGUUGCUCUAGGAUCUGCUGCACACAUUUGGAAUGGGGAAACCCACCGAAGCACUGAAACAGUUAAUUUAAAUUCCAAUUUAAAAUAUAUUUCUUCUGUAGCCUGGAUAAAAGAGGGAACUUACCUUGCAGUUGGCACCAGUGAUGGAGAAGUGCAAUUAUGGGACAUUGAAACCAAAAAGAGGUUGAGAAACAUGUUUGGUCACCUGUCUGUGGUGGGAGCCAUGAGCUGGAAUCAUUAUAUACUUAGCAGUGGUUCAAGACUCGGAUUAAUUCAUCAUCAUGAUGUUCGGAUUUCUCAGCACCAUGUAGGGACCCUUUGCCAUAACAAGCAGAGCAUUUGCAGCCUGAAAUGGUCCACAAACAACAAGCUGCUGGCAAGUGGGUCCAGUGAUGGUCUAUUGAAUAUCUGGCCUAAUGACCCCGGUGCGACAGUGCAUUGCAAGCCAUUGAAAGCCAUACCCCAUGCCUCAGCAGUAAAGGCUAUGAACUGGUGUCCAUGGCAGUCAGAAAUCCUUGCCACAGGAGGUGGAAUGAAGGAUGGAUUUUUACGUAUCUGGGACGUAAGCACUGGGAAAAUCAUUGAAACCACAGACACAAAAUCUCAGAUUUGCUCCCUGUUCUGGUUACCCAAAACCAAUGAAUUAAUGAGUGGACAAGGUCUCCCUAAAAAUCAGAUGAAAAUAUGGAAGUAUCCCACACUUACAAAUUCAACUGAUCUCUAUGGUCAUAAAGGAAGAGUCUUGCACAUAGCACUGAGCCCAGAUCAUAGCAGGAUCUUUUCUCUUGCAGCUGAUGGAAUGGCUUGUGUGUGGAAAUACUGCUAA